GUUAGUACAUCUGCGAGCCGGCGGGAUAUUUUCUAUAAAGUUUGUAUUAAAAACAAAACAACCGAAGUGACAAUGAGCUUCGAAGUUUUUUCUUAUGAGAGCUUGGUUCAUGCUGUGGCAGGAGCAAUGGGAAGUGUGACUGCAAUGACUGUAUUCUUCCCUCUUGAUACAGCCAGAUUACGGCUUCAGGUGGAUGAAAACAGGAAAGCUAAAUCAACUCCAGCCAUCCUGGCAGACAUCGUCAAAGAAGAAGGAUUACUCUCUCCCUACAGAGGCUGGUUCCCCGUCAUCUGCAGUCUCUGCUGCUCGAACUUUGUCUACUUCUACUGUUUCCACUGCAUCAAGGCCGGCUCGCUGAAGGGAAAACAGUCAACUCCCAGCACGGACUUAAUCGUAGGCAUCGCUGCAGGUGUUGUGAACGUACUGGUUACCACUCCUCUGUGGGUGGUCAACACCAGGCUGAAGCUUCAGGGCUCCAAGUUUCACAACGCAGACAUUCGGCCCACCAACUACUCCGGCAUUCUGGACGCUCUUGUGCAGAUCAGCCGUCAGGAGGGCGUCGGAGCCCUUUGGAACGGGACCUUCCCGUCUCUGCUGCUGGUGCUGAACCCCGCCAUCCAGUUCAUGAUCUACGAAGGCCUGAAGAGGCAGCUAAGAAGAGAAGUCCCCAGGGAGCUGUCAUCACUGGAGGUGUUUGUGAUCGGCGCUGUCGCCAAAGCUGUUGCCACCACCGUUACGUACCCUCUACAGACCGUACAGUCCAUUCUUAGGUUUGGUCAGUUCAACGCACCAGCAGACAAGUCCAAGCUGCUGUCCAGCCUGCGGACGAUCAAGAGUCUACUUGUCAACAGAGUUAGGAAGUAUGGCGUGUUGGGUCUGUUUAAGGGCCUGGAGGCUAAGCUGCUGCAGACUGUGCUGACUGCCGCCCUCAUGUUCCUUCUCUAUGAGAAGAUCGCCAGCUGCACGUUUAAAGUCAUGGGACUGAGCAACGGCCACCACAAGAAACGCUAGCUAACC